CCAGGGCAGCAGGCUCGGCGCGGCGGGGCGGCCAGGCGCCCGACUCCCGGCUCCCGGUGCCCGCGGGCCGCAGGAGGCGGAGGAAGGUGGGCGGGGGGCGGGCGCGAGGGGCGCACGCACGCCCGGCGCUGGGAGUGCGCGGCUGGCGCGGGGAGCGGAGCAGGCGCGCGGCCCAGGCGGAGGAGCGCUGACUCUGGAGCAGCCGGAGCUGGAGGAGGAGGAGAGGCGGCGGGGAAGGAGGCGGCGGCGGAGAGACGCUCCCGCCGGGCGAGCAUGGGGCGCCCGGCGCCCAGGCCGCUGCUGCUGGCGCUCCUGUGGCUGGCUCUUUGUCGAGGGCGCGUGGUGAGAGUCCCCGCCGGGAGCCUGGUGCGGGUGGCGGGCACCGAGCUGGUCAUCCCCUGCAACGUCAGCGAUUACGACGGCCCCAGCGAGCAGAACUUUGACUGGAGCUUCUCGUCUUCGGGGGGCAGCUUCGUGGAGCUCGCCAGCACCUGGGAGGUGGGCUUCGGGGCCCAGCUGUACCGGGAGCGCCUGCAGAGGGGCGAGAUCCUUCUGAGGCGCACCGCCAAUGACGCCGUGGAGCUCCACAUCAAGGACGUCCAGCCCGCGGACCAAGGCCACUACAAGUGUUCCACCCCCAGCACGGACGCCACCGUCCAGGGCAACUAUGAGGAUACAGUGCAGGUGAAAGUGCUGUCCGACGCCCUGCACGUGGCCGCCAGCCCGCUGUCCUCCCCGGGCCCGGGCCGGAGCCUGAGCCUGCACCUGGGCGAGCCCUUCGAGCUGCGCUGUGAGGCCGCCACCACGUCCCCGCUGCACACGCACCUGGCGCUGCGGUGGGAGCUGUGGCACGGCGCCACCCGGCAGCGUGUCCUGGCCCUCACCCGCGAGGGCCGGCUGCACCCGGGCCCCGGCUACGAGCAGCGCUACCAUGGCGGAGACGUGCGCCUGGACACCGUGGGGAGCGACGGCUACCGCCUCUCCGUGACCCAGGCCCUGGCCACCGACCAGGGCACCUACAGGUGCGUCGUCAGCGAGUGGAUCGAAGAGCAGGGCGCCUGGCAAGAAAUCCAAGAAAAAGCCGUGGAUGUGGCCACCGUGGUGAUCCAGCCAACAGUUCUGCGAGCCGCCGUGGGCAGGAACGUGUCUGUGGCUGAAGGCAAGGAGCUGGACCUGAGCUGCAACAUCACAACCGACCGAGCGGAUGACGUCCGCCCCGAGGUGACAUGGUACUUCAGCAGGACGCCUGACCGCACUGUGCCGGCCCCCCACGUGUUGGCACGGCUGGACCGCGAUUCCCUGGUGCACAGCUCUCCUCACGUCGCGUUGAGUCACGUGGAUGCUCGCUCCUACCAUUUACUGGUUCGAGAUGUUAGCAAAGAGAACUCCGGCUACUAUUCCUGCCAUGUGGCGCUCUGGGUACCGGGGCAUAACAGAAGCUCGCACAAGGUGGCAGAAGCCACGUCCGCCCCAGUGGGGGUGGAUGUGACCUGGCUCGAGCCAGACUAUCAGGUGUACCUGAAUGCCUCCAAGGUCCCCGAGUUCUCCGACGACCUCACGGAGCUGGAGUGCCGGGUGGUGGACAAGAGGAGCAUGGAGGGGAGCGUCCGUGUCACGGUGUCCUGGUACUACAGGGUGAACCGGCGCAACGACGACGUGGUGACCAGCGAGCUCCUCGCAGCCAUGGACGGGGACUGGACGCUCAAGUACGGAGAGAGGAGCAAGCAGCGGGCCCAGGACGGAGACUUUAUUUUCUCUAAGGAGCGCGCGGACACGUUCAGUUUCCGAAUCCAAAGGACUACAGAGGAAGACAGGGGCAAUUACUACUGCGUGGUGUCCGCCUGGACCAGACAGCGGAACAGCAGCUGGGUGAAGAGCAGGGAUGUCUUCUCUAAACCUGUCCACAUAUUUUGGGCCUCAGAAGAUUCCGUGCUCGUGGUGAAGGCGAGGCAGCCCAAGCCUUUCUUUGCUGCCGGAAAUACAUUUGAGAUGACUUGCAAAGUGUCUUCCCAGAAUAUCAAGUCGCCGCGCUACUCUGUUCUCAUCACGGCGGAGAAGCCUGCGGGCGACCUCUCCAGUCCCAACGAGACCAAGUACAUCAUCUCCCUGGACCAGGACGCCGUGGUGAGGCUGGAGAACUGGACAGAUGCCUCCCGGGUGGACGGCGUCGUGUUGGAGAAAGUGCAGGAAGACGAGUUCCGCUAUCGGAUGUACCAGACUCAGGUGUCGGAUGCAGGGCUGUACCGCUGCGUGGUGACAGCCUGGUCUCCUGUCAGGGGCAGCCUGUGGCGAGAAGCAGCAACCAGCCUCUCCAAUCCUAUUGAGAUAGACUUCCAAACCUCAGGUCCUAUAUUUAAUGCCUCCGUGUAUUCAGACACGCCCUCAGUCAUCCGGGGAGAUCUGAUCAAAUUGUUCUGUAUCGUCACUGUCGAAGGAGCAGCCCUGGACCCAGAUGACAUGGCCUUCGACGUGUCCUGGUUCGUGGUGCACUCCUUCGGCCUGGACAAGGCUCCCAUCCUCCUGUCCUCCCUGGACCGCAAGGGGAUUGUGAGCACGGCCCGCAGGGACUGGAAGAGCGACCUCAGCCUGGAGCGCGUGGGCGUGCUGGAGUUCCUGCUGCAGGUGCACGGCUCCGAGGACCAGGACUUCGGCAACUACUAUUGCUCCGUGGCUCCCUGGGUGAAGUCGCCGACGGGUUCCUGGCAGAAGGAGGCGGAGAUCUACUCCAAGCCCGUCUUUGUAACUGUGAAGAUGGACGUGCUGAACGCCUUCAAGUACCCGCUGCUGAUCGGCGUCGGCCUGUCCACCGUCGUGGGGCUCCUGUCCUGCCUCAUCGGGUACUGCAGCUCCCACUGGUGCUGCAAGAAGGAGGUGCAGGAGACCCGGCGUGAGCGCCGCCGGCUCAUGUCCAUGGAGAUGGACUAGCGAGGCCGGCGCCCGGCCGGGGCAGCGACACGGGGACAGACGGUCUCGGAGCGAUUGGGGCAGGAAGAGGACGGUGAUGUUCUGACGUGAAGUGUGUCACACUAAAACCCAGUCCUCGCUCAUCUCAGGUGGGACUCGGCGCGCUCUCCUCUGCACGUGGAGAUGGAGCGCGGACACGUUUACCAGCACACAGCUUCUCUUCCCACGGCACUUUCUGAGGACGGCCGCGCGUGUCUUUUCCCGACGGCGGCUUUUUCAUGGUUAACCUCUGUCUAAUUUUUUUCUCCUACUGGUUUAUUGAUCUCUGGCUUGUGUGUGUUUAUAGCUUUUGUCCCGAGGGGUCGCGGUGAGGGCGGGGUGAUGGCGUUCGGAGUUCUUUGUCCCGGGUGAGAGCCGGCCGGCUCCGGGGUGGGAGGCAGGUGUUAGGAGGAGGGUGGCCCUCCACGCCGGCCCAGGGACAACACAGACCUGUGCCCAGGGCGAAUGUGUGGCCUUGACCCCCCCCCCCGCCCGGCCCCGGUUUUCGGGGGCUUAGACCACAUUGGAAAUCUGAACUUGCAGUAUGUAGCUUCGCAUCGAGCCCAGACGCGGAUUUUGGUUUUUCGCCUCUCUGCCCCCUUUCCAUUUCUUUGCUCUUUGCUUUCUGUGAGCGUGCUGAGAAAGGCAGCCCUGGAAUCUAGGAUUUGGCUCUCCACCAAGCACCUUAUCAUGCCACCUUAGCCUUAAGAAUGAACAUGAAGAAAAAUACACAGCCACUCGGACCAGGGCAGGGAGAAGGUCUGCCAGGAAGAGGAGGCUGGGGACAAGGGAAGGAACCGACGCUGCGAUCGAGCGGAGGCCACUGGGCCUCGCGGGGGCCCCAGGGAGAGCGGAAGGCGGACCCUGAGAGUUAGGUUUCUGCAGCUCGUGCUGGGAGGGUCAGGGGUGUGUCAGGAGGAAGAAGCCACCUCCAGUCCCCAGUCCUGUCCUUUGCAGGAGGCAAAGGCCUUGGACAACCAGGGACACCCAGGGGGACCCACAGGUGCCCCCCUCCCCUCCUUCCGAGGCUGCUUGGUCUCCUUAACGUGAAGGACUCUUGCUGCUUAGAGACUGGCUGACUUCACGGGAUCAGAAAUCGCCUGGAAGAACCGAGUGUUUUCUCUGGCCUUGUCCGCCCUUGCAGGUCUGUGAGAUCCCCUGCAAGGGCUGGUGAGAGAGCUGGCCUCUGGGAUGCUUGCUUUCCUGUUAGGAACAUGAAGGAAACCCAGCAACGCAUUGCCCUGGGAACAACCUACAAAGGUGAUCUGAGAGCAGUCUCUUUGGCCCGACUGCUCGUACCAGCAAUAGGACAAUGGACCAAAAGAGACCUUCCGCUCCGUUCUGGCCCCGGCACAGGCCCGGCCUUUCGGAAGCCUCCCCGUGGGGCCCUGAGGCUCGGCGGUGACGCCCGCCCUGCAUUGCACUCCUCCGUGCUGCUGCGUGGCUCCGAAGGAUCUGACACUCCUCUGUCUUCCGAAGGGGGAAAAAGACACGUUGGUUCUGAGCAAUAAAGUAAUACGAAACGAUGGCCAUUCAUGUACGGCUCUUUGUCACAAUGGGCCGGACGAGCCCGACCCCUCCCGGCUCACAGUCUUCCCUCCACUUCCCUCACUCUGCUGCCCACCACCCCUUCUGCACGCAUCACCGAGGCAGCCCCAGGAGGCAGGCCCCCACUCGCCGUUUACCCACUGCGGGACCACUCGUGGGGUAGGCACGGGCUCCUGCACUGAUGGUGGCAGCACAGAUGACUUCUAGGCACAGAUGGAACCGGGAAGACGGGCCGCAGAGCAUGAGUGACUGGAGGAAGAGGAAGAGGCCUCCAUAGCACUAGAGUUGGGUAUUUUCUUAAAAAUUUUUUUAAGUCUAUUUUUAUUGCUUUCGGAGAGGAAGGAAGAGGGAUAGAGAGAUAGAAACAUCAAUGAUGAGAGAGAAUCAUUGAUCAGAUGCCUCCUGCAUGCCCCGCCACUGGGGUUCGAGCCCACAACCCGGGCAUGUGCCCUGAUAGGGAAUUGAACCGUGACCUCUUGGUUCAUAGGUCAACACUCAACCACUGAGCCACACUGACUGGGCCAGAGGCGGGGUAUUGUCUACGUGUUGCUUCCUAACUGCUAUUUCAGAGGAGGUGGGUCAUGGGUGAGCGUACACAUGGAGGUUAAAGAGAGAACGCAUAAGCAGGUGUUGCGUUGGGAGCAGCCAGUGCCCGGGAGCCUGGCAGCGCUCACACUCACUUGAAGAUUCAGGAUUGUUGUAGCGGAAGCCCUUCUUGGUAGAGGAAAGGGUAUUAGCCUGGGGUGUGACCAGGUGGCCCCAGAUGUGUGUGACCCGCAAAAGGGUCACACCAGACACUUGGUAGUAGGAAAGGUGACCUGUGCUCACACUAUCCCUUGUCCUUUCAAACUGCUGUUGUAGUUCAAGGCUUUGAUCCCAACCCCACCCUCUGUCCAGGGGGCGGGUCCGGAGGGGAAAAUCCCAGGGUAUUGUAACAGGGACCUCGUUCCUCCAGGGACGUGCGCCUGCCAGCAGCCUGUGUGAGAGACAUUCUCACGCGCUCCCUGGCGGGGUUCCUGCCAGAAGCACUGGGCGUGCGGAGGGAGGACCCGGCUACGAUGCCCGCGGACGACGUUGCACUUCUGAACAACAACAACAACAAAACUUGAGAAAAUGUUUGGGUUUUUCCCCCUAAUCAUGAAAGUCUCCCCGGAAAGCGCCUACGCUAUGUUCAGAUAGGAGCCUCAAAAUUACGUUCAAUUGUUUACUUUGUAAUGUUUACAUACAUUUUACACUUUUUUUAAAGAAAAAAGAAGAGAAAAAAAUGCAAACUCUGACUCUUUGACAACUUUUCCGAUUUUUCGUGGAACGGUGGAACUCUGACUCACCAACUGGAUUUCAGUCUUCAUGGAGAAACGUAUUUAUUUGUGUCUUUUCUCCCCUCCUGUCCACGCGGCUUUCCCCGGGAUGCUGGUGGAGGCCCCUUCUACUCAGACUCCUGUCUGCUUCCCUGGUGGCUCUCGCUUGCUUUGCAGACCGCCUGCAGCCACGAUUUUGUCACGGGCACCUGUGAGCCAAAGACUGGGCCUUUGUGGCAGGAAUAAUAAGCAAUACUACACAACUUGCUACUUUCGGAAAACUUUCUUUUUAGCUUCACCAAUAACCACAGAGGAAGAAGGGAACUGGGAUUUGGGUAAGUUCUCUUCCACUGUUUGACCAAAUUCUCAGUGAUAAAUACUGGGUGCAAAUCACUAGGAGAAAAAAGUUGACUUUCUUUUGUAGUGUGGCACAUGGGAUCUGCCAGAUUUCACGUAGACCAACGAAGGAUCUUGUGUAUUUUUGUCCAUUUCCAAUGUUAUAUGAACUGAUUGUAUUGUUUUAUACUGUGACCACAACUAUUACGCAAUGCACCAUUUGUUUUUUUAUUUCAUUAAAGGAAGUUUAAUUUAAAUUGAA